UCUAGUUUAUUAAAAACCUCACAAAUGUAAAUUUUUAUCUUAGCAGAAAAUCCCAUUUCAAAUUCUGAAGGAAACUUCAUGUUAUCACUAAAUGAUAAAGUAGAAGAUGAAGAUAUCAUGCAGCUCUCUUCAAGAGAAAACCUUAAUGUACAUCCAGGACUUCACAGUACAGCUCUAUCAUAUAAUCUCCCUAAUCAUGAGGAACCAUCUCCUGACCAAAAAGAGGAUGAAAGGCUUCAUUGUGGUAAAGAGUCCACAAAAAGAUCAAGUCUUUCUACAUACAGAAAAAUUCAUACAAGAGAAAAGCCAUACUCCUGUUCAGAAUGUGGGAAAUGCUUUACAAAUAAAUCAUAUCUUGUUAGACAUGAGAGAAAUCACACAGGAGAGAAGCCAUAUUCAUGUUCAGAAUGUGGGAAAUGUUUUACACACAGAUCAGGUCUUGUUAGACAUGAGAGAAGUCACACAGGAGAGAAGCCAUAUUCAUGUUCAGAAUGUGGGAAAUGUUUUAUACAAAAAUCUGAUCUUAUUUCACAUAAGAGAAUUCACACAGGAGAGAAGCCAUAUUCAUGUUCAGAAUGUGGGAAAUGUUUUACAAAUAAAUCAAACCUUGUUAUACAUGAGAGAAAUCACACAGGAGAGAAGCCAUAUUUAUGUUCAGAAUGUGGGAAAUGUUUUACAGACAUAUCAAGUCUUGUUAGACAUAAGAGAAGUCACACAGGAGAGAAGCCAUAUUCAUGUUCAGAAUGUGGGAAAUGUUUUACAGACAUAUCAGGUCUUGGUAGACAUAAGAGAAGUCACACAGGAGAGAAGCCAUAUUCAUGUCCAGAAUGUGGGAAAUGUUUUACACAAAAAUCAUAUCUUGUUAGACAUAAGAGAAGUCACACAGGAGAGAAGCCAUAUUCAUGUUCAGAAUGUGGGAAAUGUUUUACAGACAUGUCAAGUCUUGUUAGACAUAAGAGAAGUCACACAGGAGAGAAGCCAUAUUCAUGUUUAGAAUGUGGGAAAUGUUUUACACAAAAAUCAGAUCUUGUUAUACAUCAGAGAGGUCACACAGGAGAGAAGCCAUAUUCAUGUUCAGAAUGUGGGAAAUGUUUUAUACAAAAAUCUGAUCUUGUUAUACAUCAGAGAGGUCACACGGGAGAGAAGCCGUAUCUGUGUUCAGAAUGUGGGAAAUGUUUUACACAAAAAUCAAAUCUUGUUGCACAUCAGAGAUUUCACACAGGAGAGAAGCCAUAUUCAUGUUCAGAAUGUGGGAAAUGUUUUACACAAAAAUCUAAUCUUAUUAUACAUCAGAGAGAUCACACAGGAGCGAAUUUCUUGAAAUUGAAUCAUUCAGCAGAUUCGAUUCAGGAACAAAUAAAUUCAGGCCAAAGGGAAAGUGUUUAGAUUGCCCUGACAAGUUGUGGAUGACAUUUUUAGGUCUUCUACGGCUGUA